AUGCGUAGCUUGGAUGAGGUAUGGAAAGCUGAUCUGGUGGAGAUGCAGCCAUAUGCACAAGAGAACAAAGGCUAUAAGUACCUGCUAACGGUUAUCGAUGUCUUCUCAAAGAACGCUUGGGCCGUACCUUUAAAACAGAAAACUAGAAACGAAGUGGCAGCAGCAAUGAAGUCUGUUCUAGAUCAGGGUCGUGUACCAAAAAACUUGCAUACCGAUCGAGAGUACAAUAAUAGCAAACAUCGCACAAUUGGGAUAAAGCCUAAAGAUGUCAGCAAGGAGAAUGAAGCUAUACUCCUCAUACGUUUUUCUCGCCAAGAAGGUAGAAAAAAAUCUAAAUUUAAGGUUGGAGAUAAGGCGCGGGUGAGCAAAAUGAAGCAAGUAUUUAAGAAGGCUUUUACACCUAACUGGUCAACAGCGAUUUUCACCAUUAGUCAAGUUGUACCAACAUAUCCAGUGCAAACUUACAAGCUAGAGGACUAUCAAGAUCAACCCAUCGCUGGUGGUUUCUAUGAGCAAGAACUCUUAAAAGCUAAACAUCUAGAUAUUUAUCUUGUGGAAAAAGUAUUGAAAAAGCGUGGGAAUCAGUUAUAUGUAAAAUGGUUAGGAUUUGAUGAUUCGCACAAUAGUUGGAUCAAUAAAUCAGAUUUGUAA